AUGGGGUGCAUUUGCCACAAACAUCACGGUGGGCCCCACCCAGGUUCCGACCGCAGGAACUUCCUCCCUCGUGGUCGCUGGCAUUCCGCGUCCGAAACACACUCCUCUUCCACUUCCGUCUCUUGUUACCCGACACUACCAUCUUCUCCGGCCAAAAAGUGCGACGCUCGUAAUCAGGACUACUAUGACCAGCUUAUUACAGAAAGGCGAUGUCAUGGUCUCGAAAUUAAGCAAAGUGAAGAACAUGGAAAGGCUGUCUAUGCAAGCUUGGAAUUCAAAGAGGGGGAGUUGGUUUGUAGGGACCAAAUGCUUGUUGGUGCUCAACACAGUUCGAAUAAGGUUGACUGCCUUGUAUGUAGCUACUGUUUUUGUUAUAUUGGUUCAAUAGAACUUCAGAUUGGUAGGAAACUCUAUUUGCAAUCUCUGGGAUUACGAGCAAAUACAGAACAUGAUCAUGAGACAUCUUCACAUUCUUUAGAAGAGGCUUGUCCAGUUGAAUUAUCGGAUGAAGAAGAUAAUACUCUCAUGGUGAACUAUGACAGUGUACAGUCAUGUUCUUCAAGUAAUAUGAAGAAUUACAAUCAUGUACCAAAAGAGGUCUUGGAGGCGCUAGUAAAUGGUAGCUUGGCUUUGCCUCACUCUAAGCAGUUUACAUUGCCUUCGGUCAUUCCAUGUCCUCGAGGGUGUGAAGAAGAACAUUACUGCAGCAAAUUAUGUGCGGAGGCUGAUUGGGAAUUGUUUCAUUCCUUACUAUGUACUGGAGAGAGCUCAGGAUCCUCACGUUGGGAAGCACUUGUUAAAUUUAUAGAACAUGCUAACAGAACGAAUGAUAUUUUCCUCCUUGCUGCCAAGGUUAUCUCAUUCACGAUUUUGAGGUACAAGAAGUUGAAAUCAUGUCAUCAAGACCAAAAACAGCCUACCAUGGUAAAUGGAGUGGAUGAUUCCAGAUUUCGUCUGCUUUUGGAGGCUUGGAAACCAAUCUCAAUGGGAUUCAAGAGAAGGUGGUGGGACUGCAUUGCUUUGCCAGAUGAUGUUGAUUGUCGUGAUGAAACAUCAUUUAGACAGCAAAUAAAGGAACUUGCAUUCACGUCGCUGCAGCUUCUCAAGGAAGCCAUCUUUGACAAGGAGUAUGCGCCAUUAUUUUCACUUGAAAUCUAUGGGCAUAUUAUUGGCAUGUUUGAGCUAAACAAUCUUGAUUUAGUUGUAGCAUCACCUGUGGAGGAUUAUUUUAUAUACAUUAUUGAGCUCCCAUAUCCUGAUAAGGAUAAAGCUGAAAAAGUUACACAGCCCUUUCUAGAUGCUCUUGGCGAUGAUUAUUCAGUUUGUUGUCAAGGCACUGCAUUCUUUCCUAUACAAAGUUGUAUGAAUCAUUCUUGCUAUCCAAAUGCCAAAGCAUUCAAAAGAGAUGAGGAUAGAGAUGGCCAAGCAACAAUAAUAGCUCUGCCGCCCAUCUUGAAAGGAGAAGAGAUUACCAUUUCGUACAUUGACGAGGACCUUCCGUACAAAGAGAGACAAGCUUUACUUGCAGAUUAUGGUUUCAGAUGUAGGUGCCCUAAGUGCCUUGAAGAAGAGGCCUAGAUCUUCUGCCUCCCAUCAAGAGAUUUUGGGGUCUUAGGACAGCACAUUUUGGGUCUUGGUACAUGUGGGCUCGUGUUUUCUCAAUCAAAAUGAUGUAAUUGAUAGGUUCCACCAUAGAUGGUGGACGCCCUAUUUGCAGUUUCCAUCUUAUAAGGUGACUGCCGCUUGUCAUUUGGACUUUAUUGGGCGCCAUUGCUGCAAUGGCAUAUGUAGGGGCCUGCCUUGCAUUUUUUUUUUUUUCUUGAAUCGCGAAUCACAACCUUAGAUCUACAUUGUUUUGGCACCAAUGUUCAAUCACCCAUAGAAGGACAUGCAUAUUUGUACUGUAAUUUAAUUAUAGUGUUUAUAUAUUUUUGAUAAAAUAAUUUAUAUAAGGCAUUAACAGGAGAUGUUCUCAUAAAAAAUUAUGCAACCUUUCUUGAAUGAGUACAUCUUCGAUAGAUGAAUGCAUAUUAGAUCUACUUAUUUUGUUGAAUGCACUUCUGCUUAAAUAUUGACACCUUGUUCGGAUAUACUUGGUUC